AUGAGGAGAUGCCUCCCCACCAGGGUUUGUCCUGUAUAUAUUCAACCGUUAUUCAUCCUCUGUCUGUGCGCGUGUACCCCUCCUCGCGCUCUACGGCUGAUCUUUUUCUUUAACUCCCACAACAAAGUAAUUGCAUCUCAUCACCAAUACAAAAAGGAAAAUCUAAGGCCGGAUCUUUGCACUCUAAUGUCAGUCUUAGGGGACGAGCUGCCUACCGCCACGUCCGAAGACUUUGGCUUUAAACCGCUUGGUAAGAUUGAUAUCCUUCCAAGUUACGAGGAGCAACUACCUUUCUCCAAACUUCAAAAUUUAGCGAUAUCGAACAUCUCUAAGCUAUAUGCGGCAGCAACAAACCAAAAGGUCGUCGUCGGCACCCUCCAUAACCUCAGAAGUCAGCUUCCUGAUGCAGCGGGGACUGAUGCCGACGCUUCAGAAGAGCCCAGACAGUUGCAGUUCCUAAGUGAAAAAGAUCUUGAAUGCGUGGUAUACGUCGGAUUCAACUCAGCAGGAACUGCUGCUCUUUGCAUUACUAAGGACUUUGGGCUGUUUCGAUUUGAUGUAUCUCAAAAGGAGUGGAGCUCUCUCAAUAUCUCGCUACCCACAUCUCAGGAAUUGACUGUGACAUCAGUGAAACCUCUUUCGCCAGACUUGCAAAUCCUCCUAGUGCAAGCUUCAAACCAGCUUUAUCAAGUUGAAAUUUCUGGUGCAAGCUCGGUUAUUGCUAACGACAUAACUGAUUUCGAUGUCGGCCAUAACCAGUAUGUGCUCAUGCAUGGAGAUGGCACUAUAGAAAUUCACAAGGAUUUCCAAGAACAAUCACCAAAAACUCUCACACCUCCAGACGACGUAUUGGAACAGAUUUCUGAAGAGUGUGUACCCCUCGCAAUCGAGGUAUUGUCAGAACUACGCUAUUUGGUUGUAUUUGGCAAUCCUGUAACAGAAAGUGACGAGGAUGUAAUGUAUGAUCACAGGAUGUUUCUAGUCACUUUGACUGGAAAUAACGAAGCGAAAUUUCAAGAGAGUUUUGACAUUGCUCCUGCAUUUGGAAGCGUCCUCAGGACUCCAAACUAUUAUCGAAUCUCUCUUAACCAACUGAUGCCCUCUCUCCCCCACUUAUACGUCAUCUCUUCGGCUGCCUCUUCUGAGCUUACUCUGCUUGAUGACAAUGCGGUUAUACAGCCUAAUCAAGAUAGCGAUCGGGCCGUUCUGCCUAUAAACCAAGACACCGAUAACGAUACUAACCCAGUUGGGAUGGCAGUUGACCUAACCUCCGAGCUACAAGUUGCAGAACCCUGUCAAGGUGUCAAUGUCAGCAAUAAUCUGCCCAUAGUUUUUGUUUUGAAUAGCGAAGGUGAAUUAUUGGUUUUCGCCUUGUUCAAUUCUUCAGGCAUUAAGAAAAACGAGUUUACAGCCGAGGGCGCUUUUAAUGCAUUACAAAGUGAAUGGAAGGCCUCCGAAGAAAUGCUAAGUAUAAAACUAAAAACCUCGACAGACAAAGAAACUGGGUCGUCGGAAACCUCAGGCGGUUCGCGUCCUCCCACUGACAGUUCAACAGGUACUAGCAUAGAAAUAUCUGGCUCAGAUGAUUCUAGUAUCACUGCUCAACCCAGCUCGCCAAGCAUCAAAUCGAGCUCUCCGCAACCUUUUGAAGGGCAGCAAAAGUCAUCUCCAUUUACUGGCCAACUCGCUUCAGAGCAAUCAUCAUUUGGUAAACCCUCUUUUGGGCAGCCAUCAUUUGGGCAAUCAUCUUCGGGACAGUCUUCUUUCGGCCAAUCCUCCUACGGGCAAACUUCCUUCGGAAAAUCUUCCCUUGGGCAAUCUUCCUUCGGGCAGCCAUCUUUUGGGCAAUCUUCAUUCGGGCAAUCUGCAUCUGAAAAGUCUACAUUUGGUCAGCCUUCUUUCGGCCAGACCGCUUUUGGGAAACCUUCACUCGAACAGCCUGUAGCCGGCCAGCAAGCUUUUGGAAAACCGUCUUUUGGACAACCUGCAUUUGGCCAGUCCGUAUUCGGGAAGUCUUCUGUCGACAGUUCGGCUACGAAACCCGCCCAAUCUCUUGAAUCAAAGACACCAGCGUUGGGUUCCGAUCGCGAAGCAGUCUCGGGCGCCAAGGAUACUUCAAGUCAGCUCACUCAAACCAAGCCAUUGUUUGGUAACACAACCUUCGGGCAGUCGACACCCACGAAGCCUCUUACUGACAGUUCCAUGAGCACAGCUGGUGCUGGUAGUUUUGGGAAACCAGCAUUCGGGAAGCCAGCGUUUGGUUCCGGGUUUCAGUUUGGGACAUCAAACCCACAAAUAAAUUCAGAUGGUAGCAAGGAUACUGCCUCUAGUCAACCUGCUUUCAAGGCCCCGGCUUUUGGGGCUCCCGCUUUCGGAACUCCAGCUUUUGGUCAAACUUCAAUAGGUAGCCACGAAUCUAAGCCCCAAGUCACAGGAACCGAGAAUUCUACAGGGUCCGGAUUUGGCGCUUUUUCUGCUUUUGCAAAGACGGACUCACCCUUUUCAAAGCUCAGUUCGGGACCAUCGCCAUUUAUCAACAAACCUGUUGCUGAUAAGCCAGAAUCAAAUGAGUCAGAGGGCAAAGAGACUCUAAAAUCUAAGCCUGAUGAAUCCUCAUCGAUCGGAAGCGAGCAUGGCUUUGGUAUUCCCUCCAAAAGUCUAUUCAGCAAAACAGCUAUUUCCAACAGUAGCUCAGUAAACUCAUCAGCUAGCAAAAGCGACUCAAAAGACAAUGCUUCUUCACUGUUCUCAAACUUCAAUGACAAAAUAGCAGAGCACAAACAGUCCCAGAGUCCUUUCUCUCAAUUCCAGAAUCAACCAGUUCCUAGUGCUACUAACAAUGAAGAAAGUACCAACGACGACGAAAGCCAUCAAGCAGAAGAUAGUGACAGCAACUCCGACAAAGAGACUAGUACCGGAGACGAUGCAAGCAGCACGGAAUCGUCAGAGGACGCUCAAUCUCAGCCGGAACAUGAUGAGCAACUUAAGCUCACUAAAGAAGGCGACUCAGGCAACAGUGACCAAUUUUCAAAAGAACAACACUCGCUUGAACCGGGAAGCAACAAAACGGACUUCAGUUCUCUUACGGAAAGAAUCAAAAAGGUUGCCAACAUUGACGGGAAUUCGUUUUCUGACGCAUUCAGCAAGUCAAUGACCGUAAAAGAGCCAGAAGCGUCGCAAACUGGUGCUUCUGCGUUUUCAAAAUUCUCCAAAGGCCUGCAAAAAUCUCCUAAACCUGCAUUUUCAUUCGCGAACAUUGGCAAACAGCAAUCCCUCAAUACCGAUUCUAAAUUGACAAAUUCUUCAAACAACUUAGGGCGCUCUACCCUGGGUGAGCGCGAUACGGAAAAGGAUAGCAAGGUUAACCGAAAAGAAUCUCAAGAUUCCAAAAAAAGUGAACAUCAAUCGGCUGCGAAAGAAGAAGGAAGUGAAGCAACUACCACUUUUAACAAGAGUGAAGGAUCUUUUGAUCAAAAGGGUGCAAACGAGGCCGUUUUAAGAGAAGGAAAAACUCUGAGUGGCAAAGAAACCGACGAAUUGGGUGAAAGUGAUACCUGGAAGCCUAGCGCUGCAGUUUCGCAAAAGGAAACAACAGACGAGUAUUGUUCAUCUGAAGUGGAUUCCAAGGAGGCCUCAAAAGAAGUCAGCGAAGAAUCUCCGGUGAAUUUACCCGACACAGAGUACCCUGGUAAAAGGACCGAAACAAGCACCGAGGGCGAGUCUUUUGACGACCUUGACGACUUGAAGGAAGAAUUGGAGCACAUCAAAACGAACACUGAUAAAAUCAAGAUGCCUACUUCUAGUGAACAUGCAACCGAGCCCGCUCACACGAAUCCGCGCUUUGCUUUGGGAAACAGUUCAACAGAAACUUUCGAUGCUAAGACUCAAACCUUUCGCCAAGUACACGACGCAGAAGUUGGAACAGAAAAGAAUGCCGUCGACCACGCAGAUGUCCAGGCCUUUGAAAAUGACGAAAAAUAUCUUGCUCAACAGUAUGCACCAAAAAAGAUUGGAACCUUUUUCAUAGGCGCAAAGCUUUUACAAAAGCCCUCUUUGUCAAAGAAUGAAACAAUGAAGAGAAUAGAAGCGACGUUCAACGUUGUUAGUAGCGAACUUGAAGUGUUGGAGGGCAACCUGAAAAAUAUUGGCGAAUUCAUCAAUGAUCAAUCUAAGAACCCAUUUUCUAGAACAGCCGAAACGCUUUUCCUGAACUAUACAUGGCGUUUAGAAGAGGCAUCAGUAUUAAACUCUUUUGUUAAAGAAUUAUUUGAAGAAGGAGGCCCGACCUUUGCCGAGGUCUCGUCUCUUAUGUGUGACGCCGAAAACCUUCGGGACAAAGACUUGGUUUCCUUAAAAAGCAACCAGUUUUCGACAAGAGAAUACUUCUGUCAAUUGAAAACCCUUUGUGAGCAGAAUGAAACCUUUAAGCGAGGCCUGACGUUCCGCCAGACCCAAUUUCAGCGAAAGCUUCGUAGUAAGAUUUCAAGCGUGCAAAACCUGAUUCACAACAUGGGAGGUACCUUAAGGGUUCUGCAGGCUCAAGCCUCCACGGGUGAUGUGAAAGAGACACCCCUCGUGAGUAGGCUAAUUGAGAGCAGUUCGCGAAGAGGGGAUCUUUUAGAAGCCAUCCAAGCCUUGAGAAGUGAAGUUGCAGAGUUGAAGAUUAGGGAUCGUAGUCUAAUAAAGUUCUCAGACGCAGAUAGUGCUACUCGAACGGCGCCAAUCAGCGAGCUGAAGCUGAAACUUGACACUAAGCAGCAAAUCGGGCAAGUAUUGAUGAACAGACUACAGAAUACAUAG